AUGACGAUUAAAAUUACAAAUAAGUUGUUUUUGUUUAUUUGGAUUAAACAUUUAUCAAGAAUGAUUAUAAGAGCGACACUUGGGUGUAUGAAGCUCGCAGACGCGGUGACUUUGCUCGGAAAAGGUGGUCCGUUCAGGCAUUUGGCUACGAUGGCACGCAACAAUAACUUCUUUUUCAGACAGUUAUUCGACUCAGACAGCAGCACGUACACCUACCUCCUGGGUGACACCAGCUCGAAGGAGGCGGUCCUCAUAGACCCGGUCAUCGAACACGCUGAAAGGGACGCGACCCUCAUCAAGGAUCUCGGGUUCAAGUUAGUCUAUUCCAUGAACACACACAUGCAUGCUGAUCACAUCACGGGUACAGGCAAGCUAAAGUCACUUCUCCCAGGCUCAAAAAGUGUAAUCGGAAAGGCAUCGGGGGCGAAGGCCGACAUACAUCUGGUCGAUGGAGACAUCGUCAAAUUUGGUAGCCAUCAACUGCUGGCGUCAGCGACCCCGGGACAUACUAAUGGCUGCUUCACCUACAUCAGUCACGAACAGUGCAUGGCAUUUACUGGCGACGCACUCUUAAUCCGUGGUUGCGGCCGAACAGACUUCCAGGAGGGUAGUUCGCAAACUCUCUACAAAUCGGUGCACGAGAGGAUCUUCACUUUGCCCGAUCACUUCACACUCUACCCAGCGCACGACUACAAGGGCCUAACUGCCACCAGUGUUGGAGAAGAGAAAAAAUACAACCCCCGACUUACCAAGUCGCUCGAGGAGUUUGUGAAAAUUAUGGACAAUCUUAAUUUGCCGUACCCCAGAAAGAUUGAUGAAUCUAUCCCAGCGAACAGAGUAUGCGGUCUUUUUUUAAAUAAAACAUUGUAUAUACAUAACACGCUGAAGAGAUAA